ACAUGCAGAUUGGCUGUGGUGGGCGACAAGGGCGCGGGAAAAACAAGCCUUAUCUACCGCUUUAGCAGGGACCGUUUGCCGUCUGCUGACGAGAGACUCUUGUCUGUCCUUGACACUGAUGACAUGGAUAUCAGCAGAGAUGGGAGUCAGAUUCGUCUUGUCGUCCAUGAUACAUCGGGAGACGACGACUAUGCCAAAGUUAGAGCUCUUCUCUACAAUCAAGUCGACGGGAUCAUACUCUGCUUCUCCCUCGACUCUCCGAAGUCACUCGCUCGUCUACAGUUAGACUGGUCACCGGAAUUACGUCACCUGUGCCAUGAGACGCCGUUUGUCCUCGUUGGGACCAAAAAGGACUUAAGAGACAAGGCCAAAUUGAGGGCCAGCGUUUGUGAACGUGUUUUUGUCACUAAGAAACAAGGGAAACAACUCGCUAAACAUAUCAGUGCUAAUGCGUAUCUAGAGUGUUCUGCCCUUGAUAGUGAAAGUAAAGGCAAAGAUGUGAAACGGGUGUUCGGUCGGGCCAUGCGUGAAUCCAUGAAACGGCGUUAG